CAUUAGGAACAAGUUUGAUUUUGUUUUUUUUUUAGAAUAAUGCAUAGUAUUACUUUUAGAUGAAACAGAAAAAUGCGCUGUUCUUACAGGAAAAAAAUUAUAUAUGGAGUUAUAACAAUACUAAUUUUUAUAAUAUUUUCUCAUCCUGGUUUGUAUGGUAGAAGUUCAUAUGAAUUCAUUGAAAAACACAAUAUACUCAAAUAUUUACACGAAGAAGUUAAUGUGAACUUAACUAGCAAUGCAUUUACAAAUUGUGAUUAUCACGAUAUUAUAAAUGACGAAACAACUUUAUCACCAAACUUAAUAGAAGGAGAUUUAGUAGAAGGUCAUGGCAUCAGAGACGGGGGUGAAUAUAUACCACAAGACUGCAGACCAAGAUUUAGUACAGCAAUCAUUGUACCUUAUCGUGACAGGGCAGAACAACUUCGUGGGUUCCUGGUAUACAUGCACACGUUCUUUCGCCGCCAACGGAUACACUAUCGAAUAUUCAUAAUAGAACAAGUAGAUUCCCGUCCAUUCAACAGAGCAAAGCUGUUGAAUAUUGGAGCUGUGGCAGCAAUUAAUGCAGGGUUCCCUUGCAUUGUUCUUCAUGAUGUUGACUUAUUACCACUGAGACCAUCCAAUCUAUAUGCGUGUACAAAACAACCAAGGCACAUGUCCUCUAGCAUCAACAAAUUUAGAUUUGUGCUUCCAUAUUUGACUCUUUUUGGUGGGGUGAUAUCGAUAAGAACUAGUCAAUACAAAAUGGUAAACGGAAUGAGUAACGAGUACUUUGGUUGGGGUGCUGAGGAUGAUGAUUUAUACAGCCGCCUUCGAGCUUGUAAUUUUAAAAUUUGCAGGUUUGGACCUGAGAUUAGUCAGUACCAUAUGUUUAGCCACAAGUUACAAAGGAAAGGAAAAUUAAGAAGUGAUCUGUUAAGUUUUGCAAGAAAAAGGAUGGCAGCAGAUGGAUUAAGUUCUUUACACUAUUUAGAAGUGGCCACAGUAUUGCAUCCAUUAUUUACACAUAUCAUGGUUGAUUUGUAAUAUAUAUCAAAAAUUCAUAUCACAAUAUGUCUAGCUUUAUGAAACUAUUGUACCUGGAUAUAGUGACUUAUGAUUAUUUUAAGGUAAUUUUAUUUAGAAUAAUGCAUGCAUACAUUGCAUGUUUACUUAAAGAAACUUGAAUUAUUUAAUAUGUUGUGUUUAGUAAGUUUCUGAUAUUAAAAUAAUUGUUUGAAGCUGUUGGAAUAUUAGUAAAUAUUGAAUUAGUGAAAUUUUAGACUGUGUUAAACGGCACAUGAUAAUGUAAUUGAUUCUUCAAGGACAUGCUCAACAAAAACUCUUGAGGUAUAUUAGGACUAUAAAGUUUAAUUUAAAUUAGAUAGAAGAAAAGUUCAAACAUAAUCAACUAGUACAUUAAGCACCUAUCAUAAUAUUGGUUAUAUAGAUCUAAGUAUUGUUGAUACAAAAAUUAUCUAUGGUUGUGUUCACAGCACAAUAUUCAUAUUUCAAUAUUUCAGUAGAUGUUAUGACAAUAACAAAAAAUAUCAUACUGUACUUUAUGUGUUGUAUUUUUAAUGAAUUAAAAUAUUACUAUUUAUUCUGUGCAUAUGAGAAGUUGUCUUUGUCAAAUUUUCAAAAUUAAUUUUAGAACCAUUUUGAACAAAAUACUUCAAUACCUAAUGUCAAUUUGAAACUAUUUGAAAGCUUUACGAAAUAACUUUAGACAAUAAAUUACUAUUAGAGUACAUUUGAGUAAUUAAUUACGUGUACAUUAUAUAAUUCAUUCACUAAAAUUAAUAAUGUAAUAAAAAAACUAAAUAAUAAUUAGAUUAUUAUUUAAGAUGUAAUUUUUAUCACUAAAUAAAAUUAUUUUAAAGAGCACUGCUGUGAAACAAACUUUAAAAUAAUUUAGACAUAUCAUAGUGGGUCAGAAGGUAUUAUUCUCAUAUUUAUUUUAUUUAUUUACUCA